AAAAUUCAGUUGCUCUUUCAACAGCUGAAGCUGAAUACGUAGCAGCCGCAUCUUGUUGCUCACAAUCCUUGUUGAUCAUGCAACAAGUGAGUGACUAUGGGAUCAUCCUAAACUGCACGCCAAUUCUAUGUGACAUCACUACUGCAAUCAGCAUCUCAAAAGAUCCGGUCAUGCACUCACGAACAAAACAUAUCCAUAUCCGGCAUCACUUUCUGAGAGAUUGCGUAGAAACAGGGCUAAUCAAGUUAGAAUAUUGCAACACCGACAAGCAAAUUGCCGACAUUUUUACAAAGCCCCUGGGAAGAGAAAGGCAAGUCCAUAAAUUUACCAAGCAACCAACUAAAGAAAGUAGAGCAACAGACGACCUGCAUGAAACUAUAUAUAUGACGGAAGAUCAAGAGAAGAGCGUGUGCUUGACCGAACAAUUAAAGAGAGAAAUACUUAUAAGAGAGUAUCAAGACCAAAGCAACUGGACCUACUUACAGAGUUCUAGAUAUAGUUUCUUUCUCUUCCUUGUUUUGUAAUUGAAGUUUGAGGAAAAGCUUAAGUGUAGCUUCCUCUGGUUGGG